AUGGAGAAGGGUCAUGGUGUGAAAGACAAGACGGAUGGGGGGUCUCCUGCACAGAUACAUCUCACGCAAUUUCUGGCAGCUACGUUGAAGGAGAAUGGGCACUCCGACAAAUCCACGACCGCUUUGAUCAUCCUCAACUCCCCCAUCAGCGACUUCGAGUGCUUCGAGAGACUAUACAACCACGCAUCCUACGUCCUUUGCGUAGAUGGAGGGGCAAAUCGGCUUCACGAUCUGUUAGUCGCGCGUCAUCACGACCAGCCGUGGGCGUCAGCUCUGCAGAAGGCGCUCCCGAAUGCAGUACAUGGCGACCUAGAUUCUGUCAGAGACGAUGUCCGAAAGAAGUACGAACAGGUUGGCGUCCAAGUAUCUCAUGACCCUGAUCAGUACUGUACGGACUUUGGAAAGGCCAUCAAGAAGGUAAUGGCGAACGUGCCCUGCUUGGAAAAUAUCCUUGUCCUGGGCAGCAUAGGUGGGCGUGUCGACCAGGGCAUCGGACUCCUUCACGAGAUGUAUCGGGAACAGAAAUUCAAUCACCCGGAGCUACGUUUCUGGUUGUUUACUGAGUCCAGCAUCAGCAUCUUGCUGCAGAAAGGUACCACCACAAUUCACACGCCAAUCAACAAGGGACUCAUCACUCCGAACGUGGGCAUUCUGCCACUCUACGGCAAAGCCUGCAUCUCGAUCAAGGGAUUUGAGUGGGAUGUGACUGCUUGGGCGACUGAGAUGGGAAGACAAGUCAGCACCUCGAACCACAUAAUGGCCGACCAAGUGUUCGUUACCACCGACACGGAGGUUCUGUUCACGGUCGAAAGGCAGAUAGAACGAUGA